CUCAUUUGUAUCUGCAUUGGAGAUGUACCCUCCCUUCUUAAAAGCCCCAACGCAGUCGGGUGAUUCCGAAGGUGAAACUGCUUCGUGAAGUGGAGCGGGACUUUUUGGGAGCAGACUUCCAUGGAUUCUUCACCUGGAGUACCGAAUGCAUUCAUGGGGAAGAGAGUGUAUCUCCAUCCACAUUGGACAGGCUGGAGUCCAGAUUGGCAAUGCGUGCUGGGAGCUGUAUUGUCUGGAGCAUGGGAUCCAUCCGGAUGGGAAUGUGCUGAGCAGCAAGACCACCGGCAGAGUGGAUGACUCCUUCAACACCUUUUUCAGCGAGACAAGCGCAGGAAGGCGUGUUCCUCGUGCGAUCUUUGUGGACCUAGAACCCUCUGUGAUAGACGAGGUCAGGACUGGGACUUACCAGCAGCUUUUCCAUCCGGAGCAGCUGAUCACUGGAAAGGAAGAUGCCGCCAACAACUAUGCCCGGGGACAUUACACGGUUGGGAAGGAGAUCAUUGAUACGGUGCUUGAGCGUGUCCGAAAGUUGUCAGACCAAUGCAUAGGCCUUCAGGGCUUCCUGAUAUUCCACAGUUUUGGGGGAGGCACAGGGUCUGGCUUCACCUCCCUAUUGAUGGAGCGUUUAUCCGUCAAUUAUGGGAAGAAAUCCAAGCUGGAGUUCGCUAUUUAUCCAGCUCCUCAGAUCUCUACGGCUGUGGUUGAGCCAUACAACUCCAUUCUCACCACUCACACUACCUUGGAGCACUCAGACUGUGCGUUCAUGGUGGACAAUGAGGCAAUUUAUGACCUCUGCUGUCGUAACCUCGACGUCGACCGUCCCACGUACAUCAACCUCAAUCGUUUGAUUGGCCAGAUUGUGUCCUCGAUCACUGCCUCACUGCGCUUUGAUGGGGCUUUAAACAUAGAUCUGACGGAGUUCCAGACUAACUUGGUCCCCUACCCUCGCAUCCACUUCCCAUUGGUUACCUAUGCACCCAUCAUCUCUGCUGAGAAAGCCUACCACGAGCAGCUGUCUGUGUCCGAGAUCACCAACUCCUGCUUUGAGCCAGCCAACCAGAUGGUAAAGUGUGACCCUCGCCACGGCAAGUACAUGGCCUGCUGCAUGCUGUACCGGGGAGAUGUGGUGCCCAAGGAUGUCAAUGCUGCCAUUGCCACCAUCAAGAACAAGCAAUCAAUUCAGUUUGUGGACUGGUGUCCCACUGGGUUCAAGGUUGGGAUCAAUUACCAGGCUCCCACUGUGGUACCUGGAGGUGACCUGGCGAAGGUUCAGCGUGCCGUCUGCAUGCUGAGUAACACAACUUCCAUUGCUGAAGCCUGGGCUCGCCUGGACCACAAGUUUGACCUCAUGUAUUCCAAGCGUGCAUUUGUCCACUGGUUUGUGGGCGAGGGAAUGGAGGAGGGAGAGUUUGCAGAAGCAAGGGAAGACUUGGCUGCAUUAGAGAGAGACUACGAAGAAGUGGGGGCAGACUCCAUGCAGGAAGAAGAUGGUGGAGAAGAAUACUGAAAGCCACAUUCCAGCCAUAAUAAUCAAUACAUAUGCUGUACCACCUGCCCUGUGCAAUGUGUAAACUGCAAUGAAUAAAUCUUAAGAUUGUUGGUGUUUUAAUGGGAUGAAUCCAAUUGUGGAUGGUUGUAAACAAUUCAACAGCUAACAGCUCCAAUAAUGAAACAGUACAUGGCCACAAGCAACUACAUCAAGACAACCUGAGUUUCUAAGACAAGGCCAAAGCAUUUGCAUCUAUUUUUCAGCUAAUAUUAAGGAAUAGAUGGCCUCCUCCUGAUGCCCUUGCCUCAGGAGGCGGACUAAUUACAGAAGUCAUUAUUCAAACAAUUCCAGUUCACUUCACAUGAUAAUCAAGUGAACUCAGCCAUUUCUGGAUACUGCAAAGCCUGUGUGCCCCAACAACAGGAGCAGCUGUAGUACUGAAGAUUAGCACUAACGAAGCCACGUCAUUUGCGAAUAUGUCAAGCAAUGUGAGUUAAGCAAAAAUAAAUUUUAUGUUGAUUUAUUUACUUUUUACCCACACA